AUGCCUAAAACAUUAAAACAAAAAAAAGCUUAUUGCGCAAAACCGUUUAAAAUUAACAUUUAUAACGCAAAAAUUCGUAAAAAUAAUUCCAAGUUUGAAAGGGUAAUUAAUUUGAAUGAUCAUGAGUCAAACAAUAAUAAUGAUCUUAAUGUCACCAAACCAACUUUCCCUCCCACCUUAACGACAACCGAUCUUAUAAGUAAGAUUAAAUGUACGUCCAACAGCAGUAAAGCAAAAACGUUCCCAAAUGCAUUUAUCGCGUAUCGAAUAGCAUUUAUUAAAGAAUAUCGUAAUAAGGACAUAAAAUUACCAACCAUGUGCAAUUUAUCUAGUAUUGCAAAAAAUUCUUGGAACGGUGAACCACAAAACGUAAAAGAUUUUUACAUUAAACUAUCUGAAGACGCCAAAACUUUGUAUAAGCAGAAAUCCAUUCAAAUCAUGUUUGACAAAAAUAUGAAUAAAGUUAAAAAUAAUCAAGAAAGCGAGCAAGUUUCACAUUUGCACACCACGAGUGUAAAUUCUGAAAAGGACCCAGAUUGUGUUGAUAAUAAUAAUCAACGCACCGAGAGAUUUUCCCCCCUUGAGGACGUACAAGAUUCAUCAAGUGGAGAACUUCCGCUUGAGGCUUCUCAUAAUUAUAAAUUUUUCGAAGAUCCAUAUGGAACGAAUUCAGCAGAUCGAGAAUUAUUUCAUUUACUUGAUUAUAACUUCAACAAUUAG